CGAGGAUUGUCUCUCCACACCCCCUAGCUGUGUCCUAUAAAGACACGGCGAUCCAGUUGUGUUCUGUCUCCUAAUAUUUUCAUCGAGCUUUCCUCUUUCCCUGACGACCCCUAACAUCAUCAUACCUCAUCCUACUUCUACGUUACUACAUAUUGGUUGACAAUACCUUGGGAACGGCGACCUCAGUCUACUUCGCAAAAUAUGCGGUCAACUGCUUAUUCACGGGUGCCCAGGACACCUCGAUUUGCUAAACCCGAACAUUUCACUCGAGGCAAAUAUUCGGACUGGUGCUGUAAUGUAUGCACCCCUCACCUGCACCCCAAGUACAUGAGUGCAACGGAUGCCUUGCAUCAUGAAAACGAUAUACUUCACAAUCAAAACGUAGCCAACGUAGAGUCGUGGCUGGGUCCACCGAUGGUGAAUUCCUGGGAUUUCGAAAUGCCCAAGCAGGCGGAGAUGUCCAAGGACGAGGCCCGGGAUUCGGAGCAUCGAUACUUUGUUGAUCAUAUGGAGGAGUACAUCUCCUAUUGGAUUAGAGGCAUCGAGGCCGCGGAGAGAGACGAGGUUCUGAAGCUUGAAGAUUACUUGGACUCGCUGGAUCACGAUGGACCGAAGGAUCCAUGGGGAAACUGGGGAAUCACCCAUCAGUCCAAUACGAAGUCUCGCGGGGGCGACUGUUCUCCUUCUGAUGACUUGGGAUCAGCAUAUGCUAGCCAAAGGAAAGCUGGCAAGGGUCCGAAAAAUACGGUUAGGAAUAAAAGGCAGGAGCUGGGUGGCCGAUUCACGGAUGAAUCUUACGCCUUCGUGGAGAGGAUCGCGCGACGCGAGGAGGCGAAUGCCGAGAAGAAAGAGCAGAUGCAUGACUUCUUCGAAAUGCCUACGGACAAGAAGGUGCAACGCAUCGACGAGUUGAUACAGAGCUUGCAUGCGACCUUGCACACAUGAAUUUUCUGGAUUUAUUUACAUCUCAGCAUCCAUUUCUUUAACCAUCUUGUACCCCAUAUUACUCUCACAGCAUCUAUACAUCUCUGUACCGUAAUCAUAUAGGAAUGAUGAUACCUGCCUGCUAUGUAAAUCCUAU